UUUUAUUACAUGAUCGGGACGCCGAUGUGUAUUUACUGUAUGCUAAGGUUGCGCUAUAAAAUUCUUCAUUACCCCUUGACCAAUGGCUGAUAAAAAUCAAAAGACUGAAAAACCCUGCCGUGCUUGUAGUGAUUUUAAAAGUUGGACCAAGAGAAUGACGGGUGCGAAAAAAUCAAAUGAUCAACAAGAAAAUAUAAACCUUGACGCAGAAAAAGAGGAUAAAAAGAUUGAAUGUCCUGUGGAUAAAGAUGCUCUUGGACACUCAACAUGGAAUUUUCUUCAUACUAUGGCUGCGUAUUAUCCAAAUGAGCCAACAAAUAAACAACAGCACGAAAUGAAGCAGUUUAUCAAACUGUUUUCAAAAUUUUACCCAUGUGAUCACUGUGCUAUACACUUGCAACAGCGACUUAAAACUGAGAGUCCAAACACAUCCAAUAACACAGCGCUGUCGAAAUGGUUUUGUGAUGUGCACAAUGAAGUUAACUUGAGGCUUGGAAAAAAUACAUUUGAUUGCAGUAAAGUGAUGGACCGUUGGAAAGAUGGAUGGCCUGAUGGUUCGUGUGAUUAAUAUUAUAUUCCUGGUACGUGUACAACAAGGAACACCAGAAGAUAUGCAUGUGGAGGAAACCAAAUUUAAACAGUACCAUCGACUAAAUUAUCGGAUUACGAUAUAAAUCAACAGGAGAAGAAAGAUACUUUUGUUGUUUAUUGGCUCACUAACCAUGAAACGAUAAGAAUGAGUUAUUUAAAUAUAUUUUUUUAUAAAUCAAAAAAUGAAAUGCAUGAUUAAAUUUACAUUUGAAUUUUUAUACAAGACAGCUUAUACCGUUAUGCGUCUUGCACAAAACAAAAUUAGUUAUAAUUUAUCGUUCGAGAAUCGGCAAGUUAACAAUCUCACACUGAUGAGUCAUGCAAUUCAUUGUUAUCACUAAAUAUUGUGUUUCUUCGUUUGAUUGCGUCCGUGAUUUUCUUGCGAGGGCCUAAUGGCAGUCCAAUUUCUCGUAAGUCAUUUUCAUCACAUAACAAACAAGCUCUUAGGUCGAUUUUUUCUUUUGAAAACGUUUCUCUAUAUUCGUCCAGUUUCAACGCGUGUAAAAAUGUGUAUAAGGGUGCCAUGCGUAUUUCUUUUUUACUUACUGACAUGUCAGUUAUUGUUACAUUGGCAUUCUGACCAUGCCUAUUCGUAUUCGAAUAAAGUAAUUGUCCUUUAGUAAGGAUUCCUUUCGAA